AUGAGCCGCGAGGAGUUCCUGGCACUGCCUGAGGACAGGCCAAUGCCCCGCCACCAGACCCUGAGGGAUCAGGGCAAGUUGGUGCGCAUCUUCAUGACCGACGCAGACGUCCUGUCUGGAGCGGCGAGGACAAAGGCUGCAGUCAGCCAUCGCUGGAUCAGGCAUUGGCACAUUGACCCGGACUGCACCAAGCUGAAGAAACUGAAAACGAUUCUGCGCGAGAGCCCGGACAUCACCCACGUCUGGAUCGACUGGGCGUGCAUUCCGCAGAAAUGGAAGGACGACGCCACGGAAGGGCGCAAAACAUUCGUGGAGCAGGAGGAAUUUAACAGGACUUUGGCGAACGUCCUCCCAUAUCCGGGGCCGGCGGACCUCUACCUGGGCUGCACGGUGAUCAUCAUGUUCGACGCCGACUACAACCGGCGGUUCUGGCCGAGCGUGGAGGCCUGGACGUCGAUGCAGUCUCCCGACAGGACGGGCUUGCGCCGGCCUCUCGUCUCGAUACCCGUGCCCAGGUGCACGGCGUCGCUGGCAGCGACGGCCAAGCCGCCCUGCGCGACUACCUCUUCGGAGCCUGGCUGCACAAGUCGGCCGAGGAGGCGGCCCGGACGCUCCGGUUCGAGGAGUACUUCGUGA